AUGCAUUCUUACAGAUCCCACGUGAUCAACCAAAACGAACAGAACCCAUCAUCACUGGACUCGCUUUGUGAGUUCCUCAGCACUCCUCGGUCAGACCAACAAACUAGUCGACUGGGAGUGCUAGAGUUCACCCAUCCGAACUGUCCACCUGUUUAUCGCAAGAUUGACCAUCAGUGCUUGUUGCGCGACCUUGUCUCUGAAGAAACAAAUAUUGCAGGGCCAUGUUCGCUGUAUUGCCGAGUUGUACUGGUCGAGAAUAUCCCACGUGGUAUCGUGGAAAUUCUGGGCUCGACCCUGGAUAUUGAUCCGUUGUUCUUCAAUGCUCAUAUUGGACGCAAUGGCUGCUCCAAAAGACCGAUGUUGGAAUAUGCAGAUGAUUCAUGCCAGAAGUCCCUUACGUGCCACUACCCUCGAGCCAUUACGCUGGAGGGCGUACAGGGAUCUGUUGAAUUUGACCCUCCAGUCCUCAAUGGUGGUUUCCGACUCACCCCAGAAAGUAGUGCAGUGCGUCCCAUUACAACCUCUGGCUGUCAACUCUUCCAGGUUGGCAACGGAGACACCACCGGUACUGUCCUACCCGACGAGGGAAAUCGGCUAUCCGACCCUUUCUGCGAGGGAAUUAGUUCACCUUGUCCUCCUCGAGACGGACUGUUUGAUGAUCUCAUUUACUACUGGACGAAUAGACCCGCAUCGUUCUUCGAUAUCACCAGACCCCCGAUGAGUUUUCUGGCUUACUUCCCCAUCCAGAUAGCCCUCGCUGAAUGGAAGAACAGCAACAUUGCAAUGGUCCUGUUUCUCCGACACUACGACUCGGAACUGAUCAGAAGGGCAGUCAGAAAGAAGCUUGCCGAAAUCAAGAAAAAUCCUGAAGACUGCACCCGUCCGCCCAAGCAAUCUGAGUCUAGCGUCUCGAACUUAACAGGCUUCCGCCGCUGGUUCAUGUCUACUAUCAAUCCUCCUCAAGCUCACGAUAAAACUACCCAGCCCUGCGAGAGCUCUGAAAAGAAAACCCGCAAAAUCAAUCGGUCUGACCCCAUGUCCCAGACCUUCAUGACCAUGCGAACUUGGAUCAUGCCCAUUAUCACGCAAAACUACCGGGAUAUCAAGUACCUUAGAUCCCAGACAUUAGCCCUUCUACCCAUCAUCGACUCUUAUGAUGACGUUAUUAAUAGCCUAGGACAAUUCGCCUCGGCCCUUGAUACAAUCUUACCUUGUGGUAAAGAGUUCGCCAAUGACCGCACUAACACCAUCAUACCCUUCCAGCGUAACUUUUGA